AUGUUGAUAUUACAAAUUAUUUUUAUACAAGAUAUUUAUUCGAUAAAUUCUGAAGAAAAAAAUAAUGAAAAUCAAAAAAAUGAUAAAAUUUUAUCAUCUUCUACUUAUGACAUAACAAAGGGUGUUAUUUUAGGAUUAGCGAUAUCAUUCGUGACUAGUUAUAUGAACAAGGAAAAAAUUUUAUCAUUGUUAGACAAUCUAACCAAAAUGAUAAAAAAUAAGAAUGAGAAUGAAGAUGAUGAUUUUUCAGAAG